AUGGAAGAGGAACAAAAACUGGUUCAUGGGAGCACAAAUUUGGAGGGAAGUGAACAAGUGAGUAACAAACUUGAGCUCACUGUGGAUGAAGUGGUGGAAGGGUAUAUGGGGUCCAUGGGAUUCUCUCAGUUGCUGCAUGUGCUCUUGGUGUCAUUGGCAUGGAUAUUUGAUGCUCAUAGUACUUUGGUGACAAUCUUCAGUGAUGCACAACCACCUACUUGGAGGUGCAAAAAUGAAUUGUGUGCAAGUAACAAUAGCAGUUCCAAAAGCAGUGGUUCUGUGUGUGCUUUGGUGCCUGGCACUUGGGAAUGGGUUGAUGGCCAUACAAGUUCCACCAUAGCUGAGUGGAAUCUUAUUUGUGAUAGAAGGUUUCUGGCUGCUGUGCCUGCUUCUGUUUACUUCCUUGGUUCUCUUAUAGGGUCUGCUGUAUCUGGCCACCUAGCUGAUUCAUGGUUAGGCAGAAAGAGAACAGUGCAACUUUCGUGCAUCUUAACAUCCAUAACAGCUUUUGCCACAUCUCUCUCCCCAAACAUUUGGGUCUAUGCUUUCUUCCGUUUUGCAAAUGGGUUUGCAAGAUCAGGCAUUGGAAUAUGUUGCCUUGUCCUUAGCACAGAAUCAGUAGGGCGAAAGUGGCGUGGCCAAGUAGGCCAAUAUGGCUUCUUUUUCUUCACACUUGGCUUUCUCACUCUCCCUCUUGUGGCUUAUCCAACUAGAACAUGUUGGAGAAACUUGUACAGACUCUUAUCCUUUUUUCCACUUGCAUAUUCUCUCUUAUUACUCCCUUUGGUAUCAGAAUCUCCACGCUGGCUUCUCAUAAGAGGGAGAACCAAAGAAGCCCUUGAAGUUUUGGAUAGGUUUGCUACACACAAUGGAAAGAAAAAACUACCCAAUAACCUCUCUUUGGUUAACCCUUGUGGACCCAAAGCUGGAUGCACCAAUGAAGGUGAAAAAGGCCUAAACAACAAAGAGAGCCUCUGGACCACAAGAUGGGCAGCUAUAAGAAUGGUCAUUGUUAUGUUAUCUGGCUUUGGAGUUGGUUUUGUUUACUAUGGAGUUCAACUAAAUGUGGAAAACUUGGACUUCAACCUUUAUGUCUCAGUUGCACUUAAUGCACUCAUGGAGAUUCCUGCAGUGUUGAUGGGUACCUUUUUCUUGGGCUUUACCAAUAGGCGCUUGUUGUUUUCAGUGUCCUCUUAUAUAGCUGCUGUCUCUUCUAUUUUGUGCACAUUCUUUGCGCACAAAGGAAGUACUUCAAAAGUGCAUGAUCAUAGUAAAUAUGGAGGUAGUUGGAGUCAACUUAUUAUUGAAGCAAUUGGGUUCAUGGGUGCUUCCACUGCAUUUGAUGUGUUGUACAUAUAUUGUGUGGAGCUUUUUCCUACUAAUGUGAGGAACUUUGCGGUGUCAAUGCUGCGUCAGGCUUUGAUGUUAGGGGCCUCAGUGGCACCUGUGUUGGUUGUGUUGGGCCGGUUGAGCCCAUCUCUUUCUUUUCUAGUAUUUGGGACCUUCUCAAUUGUUAGUGGAUUUUUAAGCAUUUGGUUGCCUGAGACUAGAAAUGCUCCUUUGUAUGAGACAUUGAAGCAACAAGAAGAGGAGGAAAAACAUAACUGGAUGUCUCAUGAUGUUGGCCUUGAGCUGGGAAAAUAA